AUGUUCUGUAGGUCAGCCUGGCCGAGCGAUGCCACAUGGAGAUGGGUUGUAUCAUCGUACACGAAGUUCGGCAAGGGGUUGCAGAGUCUCGAGACGUACACCGCGACAGUAAGGGUAAAUGACCAGGGCACACAGUCGCUAUUAGUGGUGACGACCUCCGGGCCGUUUCUCGCCUCUGACCUUCGCGGGUCUGGGACAGGCGCCUUGUGGGGAAUGGCGGUUUUGAUCACGUCCACGAGCUCCAGCAGCCUCGGGGACACAACAGCAACGGUCGAGCACAAUGACAGCAAUACUGGCCCUGCCGCAAGCAACACAUCACAAGUCGCCAGCAGCCUCGUCACGAGCCCGGCCCCCACCGCGACAGCAGCGCUGCCGGGCGCCGGCCUCUCCACGGGGGCGGCAGUCGGCAUCGGCGCGGGCGCGGGCGCGGCGGCGCUCCUGAUGGCCCUAGGCGGCUGGCUGCUGUACCGCCGCGGGGUUGCCAAGGGCCGUAUCACGUCCGGGGCAAUCGGGCAGCAGCAGCGGAAGAGGGCCGAGGAGCCGACAGGGCAUGGGGACAUUACCACAGCGGCGGCGGCGGAGUGGUCGUCGCAUUAUCAUCAAUAUCAGCAACCAUACCAUAGCUACAGCCAUGACGUUGGCCGCCGGCCGUGUGAGUUGGAGCCGACGCCGCCUGCGCCGAGGGAGCUGGAAUAG